AUGUCACACGGAGAGUUCCCCCGGACCCCCACUGUGUGUGUGUGUCCUUGCCGUUCAGUGUGGCACACCACGGACCAUGUGUUGGGGGCAAGCGGAGACUUCCAGUGGUGUGGAGGGCCCCUUGCUUUGAAACUGUUUGGAGAUUUUUUUAUCCAUCUGCUAGUGUGUGUGUGUGUGUGUGUGUGUGUCCAACAGAACUCCAUGAAGGUCAUGUUUAAGUGUCUGUGGAAAAACUGUGGGAAGGUUCUGAGCACAGCUGCCGGGAUUCAGAGGCACAUCCGCACCGUCCACCUGGGGCGUAACUGUGACUCAGACGGCAGUGAUGGCGAGGAGGACUUCUACUACACAGAGAUCAAGCUCAACACGGACGCGGUGGCCGACGGCCUCGGCAGCCUGUCGCCCGCGUCGCCCUCCGUCCCGCCCCCCCCCGCCGCAGCCCGCCCCCCCCCGCCCCGCCCCCGCAGCCCCCCGGCGACUCCCACGCCCCCUACCACCCCCACAGGCGCCAGUCCCAGGAGGCCAAGGACCGCCACCACCACGCCCCUCAGCCGCUCCGCCCCCAGCGCCCUCUACCUCAUCCACACGGACCACGCCUACCAGGCCACCGCCCCCGUCACCAUCCCCUCCACCCACCCCGGCUCUGACGGCUCCUCCAGCUUCACCCCCAGCAGCGGCUUCAGCAUCUCCUGGCAGUCUCCCCCUGUCACCUUCACCGGCAAUGCUGCCUCUCCCACCCACAGUCGAACGCAGGGCUUCGGGGAGCAGCGCUCCCAGACCAUCGCUGUCCUCUCCUCCCCUCCCAGAGCCACUGGCUCCCUCAGCCGAAAGUCCCGCAGCGAAGGGAAGAAGUGCCGCAAGGUGUAUGGCAUGGAGAACCGCGACAUGUGGUGUACCGCCUGCCGCUGGAAGAAAGCCUGCCAGAGAUUCACAGACUGAACGCCGCUAACGCCGCCACGAGGGUCGCCAACCACCCCUGUCACCGCCCCCCACCCCGUCCCCCUCCCCCCCGUCCCUGUCCAACCUGCCGGCACAGAAGCCAGAGGCGGGGUUUUUUUUUCUACGCAUGCGUCGCCUUUACAACUUCCCCCCCCAGAGCCGUAGGCCAGGACGUCCUCCUUCCCCUGCCCCCGCCCCGCCGCAGUCUGGGAGAGCCAAUGGGGCGCGAGACGCUUGAUUCCUUUGUGAUUCCUAUAAGCUGCCUACAACCGUCCUGAUGAAGGCGAGAGGGGGGGGGGAAAGAAAAAGAUUUGCGCUUUUCUAUGUCUGGUUUUGUCAUUUAGUCUCUUUCUAUGUUUUGUAAAGCUCUGGUUUGAAAGGUGUGCUGGGAGGCAGCGACAAGGGGCUCCACCGACGGUCGUUCGCCAAACGUCUCGGCGAUUUCUUUUCGCGUCGGAUCCCAGACAAGAAUGGCUGUUAACAAUGGCCUCUUCCGGCUUUUUUUCGCCGGAGUCGAGCGAUGAUUUUGAAAACGGGAGGAGAGGGGUGCUUUCUUCCUCAUCCUUUCCUGACCCGUCUUCUGGACUGCUGAAAACAUCGACACCAUAGAAGAACCCAGAAGCACGUUCUCCUCAACCCCUCUUACCCUCCGCCUGCUUCCCUGAGGGAAUGUAGUAGAGAGGGAGAGAUGGUAUCAGGGCAAAGUGUGAGGGGGGGGGGGGGAAUCGAGGGAUUUGGUGGAGUGGAGGAGAGAUGAUCUCUCGAGUUGAAGGAGAAAUGCAAAAAAAUAAAAACUAAGUAUUUCUAAGCCAACAAACGAAAUGGACUGACCUUGCCAGCAACAAACCUGGCCACCGCCGACCACGACAACAGAGGGAAAUCGUCGCCACGAUCGUCCGGAACAAUCCGACGCGCACACAGGACUGCAGCUCUUUUCUAUUGCAAUUUUAUAUCCGUUUCACUCCGCAAAAUCGUUUUUUCAGGAACGCGAAGGAAGGCAGUCGGACCUAGCCGCUGAACACGUUCCAGGGUGACCUACUGCAGCCACUAUGUCAAUGAGUUUGUAGUUAUUAUGUCACCGCGUUAUACCAACUUACAACCAAAAAGUUUUUUUUUGUAGUAUGUUAUGACGUAUAAUGACUCUUUUUGAUGGUGUCUCCUGUUAGGUCUGUGUAUCUCUUUUCAAUGUUCUUUGAAUGUUUGAAGUUGCUUGACGACCUACACAGAUCAUGGAUGGGUAUGAACGUCGAGCUUGUCACCUGUACAUCGUAGUCGGCCGCUAGUCCAACCAUUGAGAGGGCCCCGUGUUUAGCCACCGCCGUCCCCUCCUCCACCCCCCAUGUCGGGCACAAAGCGUGUGGAACUGUCCGGCUCCCGCCCCCUUCUCUCCAGUAAUCCUGGUUGGCUGGUCUGGGACACGUUAAGCUCAUUUAAAAGUCGAGAGGUUUACUGAUGACAUCAUGGCCCGGGAUGCACGGUGUCGCUUUCUACACCUUGACGUGUCCAGACAGGACAACAGUCACGCCUUGCUAACGAGGUGAAAUAAGGAAUCACCGCAGUCGUGUUCAUGACAUGUAUAUCUGUAACCUAUCAAUACACUGCAUGCUCCUGAACGCAGCCCUCGCUCUCUUUUCACCUUGGGCUGUACACUCCAACGAAGGCACCUACUAUGCUCCCAUUUCAGUUCAUUCAGUCCAACAGCAGCUUAUGAACUCACUUGCAAACCCCACUCUCUGAUCGACAUCCUCAAGUUAUUCCGAAACCCUGGAAUGACGGAUGUCAUUUCGUUUGACUCUACGACUCCUAUUUAGUCCUUCUGUUCGUGUCAGUGAUAUGUGGUUAUCUUUUACGCGUAAAAGCUAAAUGUUCUCAACUGAUUUUUGACGUUUGGCUUUAAAGGCCACCUGUUGGAGAAAGAGCGGUAGAGUUCAAUGCGGAGGGGCGAGAGGCAAGAAUGAAUUGUUGAGCCAUUUUCUUUCCCUGGUUCGGCACUACGUCUUGGAGCGAGUCCAGCUUGCCUCAGUCCUAGACGAAAAAAUCCGAAUUGUUUUACUUAUUACUUCUGUGAGAAAAAAAACUUUCUUUUGAAUAUUCUAAAAAAUGUACUGCCAUUUUGUGAACACGUUGUUGUAGACAAAUCUAUAUAUACUUAAAGAAAAAACAUGUUUUACAUUUAAGGGAGGGGGAAAAAAAAAAAAAGAUUUGGCUGAUAUCAUUGUUUUUAUACUUAAGACUUAUAAUUUGUUGUGUUUUCAUGUUCUGCUGAAAGAAAUAUCCUUGUAACAGUGGCAACUACACAGGUAAACUGUCAUGUCGAUCCAAGGCAAGCCUGUUUUAUUUUGUACACAUUGGUUGGGGUCGCUCAUACACUGCACCAAGGGCUCACUCUGAUUGGACGAACUGAACCAUUCUAUUAAAGUUCUGUCCAGCACAGUUAAAGGAGCUAUGUCUUAGUGUGCAUGUGGGCUAUGACAUCACAGCUUAAUGUGAAUAUGGUGCACGAUUACCAUGCAUACAUUAUGUUGAGUGUCAAAGAUUGGACUAUUCUAGUCUCGGCUAUUUAGAACUAGAUUGACAGGCCUCUGUUUGUGUGAGAGCCCCUGGAGCAGGUGUGUGGGACGCCACUGGUGCUUGGUGCUCUGCCCUAGCCCUCGCUGCCUUGGUGCUACAACAACCAAUCAGAAGGCUGUGCCUGUGUCACAGGACCCCUCGAGGGUCAACCUUGACAAGUUCAAGGCGUCUGGGGGUCCCUAUAUCCAAUCUCGUGUCAAAACAAACACAAUUACGUCGGGAAAUAACCAAACAGGCAACAUCUCAGCUGUAGGGUUUUUGUUGUGUCGUUCGGGUCGGGUUGAUGACAUCAAAUGCACUUGUCGUUCACCUUCUCUUCCCUUGUGGUGCUGUUGUUUUGUGUUCACAUUGGUUCCCCCCCUCCCCCCAUUGGUGCGUCUAGUAUCAUUGCAGCUACAGCUAGCAAUACUAAAGUCCUCUCCAGAAACAAUACCGAACUAGCUAGCUCCCUCCCUCCCUCCGCCACUGAAAGGAUCCAUCAAGCAACUCAACCUUGGCAGCUAAGUGGGACCACAGUUGAAGCUCAUCGUCAUGGUGAAAUUACAAUUACAAGGGUUGUAGAACUGUCCCAGGCAGGCUCGACACAUCAACCAUAAGGCCGAUGUUCACUAUGUUGCUCCCACUAGUGCGGUGCUUUCAGAUCAACACUGUAUACAACGGUGUGACAAGCAGAGAGGAGCCUUACAAGGUUUGUUUCUGGACCAGACGAAACACCAAAUGGUGCUGCACAAUUUAAUGGGGUGAUGGAGGUGCUAGCUAGCUAAACCCUCUGAUGCUAUUUCACCAAACAUGUUUUUCUGACACAGUUAGACUAUGUACACGCUGUUAACACUGUAGAACAUGACAAUAAAAAAACACCUGCAGCAAAGUAAACUCGAGUGUCUAGAACACCGUUUCGGUACAUUUUAUAUGCGACCAAUUCUGUCCUCCUUUACUGGCUCGUACAAAUUAUUUUCUUCUGUGAAUGCAUUUCAGUCAGUGUUGUCAUUCAAAUGAGAGAUGCUGGCGAGGCAAGUCUAGGGGUUCUCCAUCAAGCAAAGUCGUCAGAUUGUUGUUCAAUAUUAUAGUAAAUGUUGUAUGACAAGUUCAACACUACUGAAGAACAAUACUCGACAAAUGGUACACCGAGCCAAAGGUUUACGACUUCAUAAUAAAACAAUGCCAU